AAAUGUACGCCGCUGCACCGGCACCACGAAACGCGGUACACAAUUGUAGCGCUGUUCUGGCAAUUUUUUUUUGUUUGACGAUGUUUCGGGUUUUACAUAUUUUUCAAUGACACGUUUAUUGUCGUGUCGCAUACGCCGCCGCGGGUAUAUAUUAUCACCGACCCGACCGUGUUACUCUACGCGCCGCGGGAACUGCGGCGGGCGCCAUCGCCGUAAUAUAUUAUAAAUUUCCAAUUAACCGUCGUUGUUCGUGCCGCCGACGACGAAGCUGCGAAUAGAAGACGCGUAGCCCAUUAUUGUAUACACAAUACCGAUAUUGUUUUACCUCCGCAGCUAUUCCGCAUCGCGAGAGCGCCGCACGAUUGUUCGUCGUCGUCGUCGUCGUCGUCGUAACAACAGCAUAAUAUAUAGGAUUGUGCACAGUCGUCACCGGGUCGGAAAUCGCCAGCGACGCCGCCAACAUGAUGGGACAUUGGAUUUUCGUCCUUUUGUGCUUGUCGUUUGUCGGACAACUAGUGCUCGGCAGUUUGUUUCCACCAAUCCCUCCGAACGCUCAAAAUCCAUCACAACCAGACGCUGUGCCUCCACAACAAGAAGUCAAUUGGCCAUUAAACAAUUUAGCCACACCUGAAGUGAUCGUCGUCGGAGAAGCAGCCACGCUCAAUACCAGAAGUCUCCACAUGGAAAAAACUAGAGACAAGCCAUUGGAAACCAGUCAAAAAUCGGAAGAAAUAUUACCAAAAGUCAUUGUUAUUGGCACUGAACAAAAAGCAGUCGGUGAAAUUGUAACCAGAAACAAUGCAGAAAUGGAAACUAAAAACUUAUCUUCGACCAACAAUGGAUAACACCAUACCAUUGAUCACAUUAAACACAAUGUACAAUUUUUCAAUUUUUCAAAUUAUAAAAUAUAUCAAUUAUUACCUAAAAAUUAAAAUUGGAGAAUGAAAAUAUAUAUAUUAAAUUACCUGA